AGAGAGAGAGGAGAGAGAGAGAGAAUAGACCCUUUACUUCAUUAUCUGGGUGUGGUAACCGGCAAGACCACCAUCACAAAGACCCAUCUCUGUUUUAUUCACUCAUUGUAAGAGCUGCUCUUCACAAGGAUCCCUAAAAGGAGUCAUCGUCAUCAUGCUGGAAGUGAUGAACAGCCAGUUUGAUUCAUUCCUCUUCUGGAGGCAGCCGAUCCCAUCGCUGGACCUGGCUGAGCUGGAGGACCUGGGGCUUUCAGUGCUGCCCAACAGCGGUCAAAUGGGAAAGACCAAUAAAGGCAUGGGGAAAACUCUAGCAGAUGAGGACGAUGACCCGAACCUGUCAGAGUACUCCACCUUCAACUACUGGAAAGAGCCGAUCGCCAGCAUUGACACACUGGACUUUAAUCUGCUGCUGUGAAGAAAUGCACUGAAGCCCAGUUCAUCUCCCACCACAAAUGCACACACUUGCACAUUGAACCCAUCCUGGCAGUACAGCCUUUAUGUCUCCUGUUGCCUAUUAUGUUGGUUUGUACUCUCCGAAAACCACAUACAGCACACCACUCUGUGUCACGAGUUCCUGUUAAAAAAUUAAAGGACAGUAAAUGUGUGUGUUUCUGGAGAUAUAUCAUGUAAAAAUAAAGUUUGCACUGAAAUGAUCUAAUUUACACAAAAUACAGUGUAUUACAUCAAUAGUCAGAUGUGCCAAACAUAAAGUAAAUGUAAACACUGUUGAUUUAAAUAGAAAUCAUGAGAACAUUUGAAUCACUAAACCCAGUGCUGUACUGUUACCAGUGUUCUGAUCCGUCAGUCUGUUGAUCUGUAAAGUGAAAUGUCUCAUUUUAAACAGGAAAUAAACCCACUGAUACAGAGAUUCAGAUCUGAGAGUGGAAGUCCGCUGUUCAUUUGCCACGGUUACAAUUCUGAUAGUUCAAAUGCUCAAAGUAAGCAUCACAUAAAACCAUAAAUUACAGAUUGUUUUGUCAAAAUGUAUAAUUUUCUGAUGUAUGGUUUAUGAUCACUGCCUUUUUUGUCCUUUUAACUUAAUAAAAAAGCUUUACAUCUUC